UUAAGUCCGACAGUCGGAUUUGGGCCCCGGGAGAAACUCAGCCGAAUCGCACUGGGCGACGAACGUGUUAAGGCUUCAAAGUGUUAAUUUUGUGACAGGAUUCAAGUGAAUAAUUUGCAUAAAAAAGAUAUGCACAAGGAAGAAAUUGAAGUUAAAGAUGUAUAUGUGAGGCGAUACUAAUCUGGAUUUUACAUUUACAUCUUUCAAAAACAUCCGUUAAAUAAGAGACAGAUAGAUUGAAUACAUAAAAUCAGACAAACGUCAAAAUGAUUGCAAUUAUGAAUUACCGGAUUAUGGAUGGCGUAAUAUUCCUAACGAUAACAAUCGCAGCAGCUACAUAUUUCUACAUGACUCGCAAUUUCAACUACUGGAAAAAACGAGGUGUUUUUGAGAUAAAACCGGUGCCGUUUUUCGGCAACUUUAUGCACUAUGUGUUCCAAAGACAAUCUCCCAUAAUUGUCAUAAAGGACUUAUAUAAUAGAGCGAAGGGACAUCCUUACGUGGGUUUUUAUGUAUUAGACAAGCCUUGCAUAUUGCUCCGCGAUCGAGAAGUAACCAAGGACAUACUAGUAAAAAACUUCAAUUAUUUCUGCAAUCGAAACAGUACAGCUAAAGACCGUAUGAGUCGCUCUACCUUAUUUUUCUUAAAAAAUCCAAACUGGAAAAUUUUGAGGUCCAAAUUGAGGCCGAUCUUAUCGUCUGGCAAGCUGAAGAUGAUGUUUAAUUUGCUGUUGGAGUGCAGUGUCAAUCUAGACACGUAUCUCGACUCGACGUUAGAUGGUAAAGGAAAAAUAAUAGAUGUGAGGGAGUUACUCGGCAAUGUAACUACGGAUAUGAUCUGUAGUACUGCUUUUGGGCUGAAUGUUAAUUCGGUGCAAAAUCCAGAGUGUGUGCUCCGUAAGAAUGGAAAGGCAAUGUUCGACUACGAUAUCUACCGCGGGUUCGAGAUGUUCCAAAUAUUUUUCUACCCAAAUCUUUCUCGUUUGUUCAGCACAAAUUUCUUCAGUGAGAAAGGCGCUUCCAUUUUACGCGAUAUGUUCUGGGAUACGAUGAAUUAUCGUAUAAAAUCCGGUCAGAAGAGAGGAGAUCUCAUCGAUUCUAUUAUCGACUAUAAGAGAUAUUUCGCCGAUAAUAUGAAAGAUUUUGACUUGGAAGGGGACGAUAUUGUGGCACAAGCGGCUAUUUUCUUUGCCGGCGGUUUUGAAACCAGUUCAUCAGCGAUGUCUUUCACAAUGUAUGAACUCGCGUUACAACAGGAAAUUCAAGAUAGGCUUAGGAAAGAAAUUCUCGACACGCUCGAUAAGACCGAUGGACAAAUCACGUAUGAAAUGAUUCAAUCGAUGUCGUAUCUUGACAUGGUGGUCUCUGAAACUUUGAGGAAGUACCCAAUAUUGGGAGUUAUAGACCGCGAGACAGUGGAGCCUUAUAAAAUACCAAAUUCUAAUUUGGUUCUCGAAAAGGGUAUGCCCGUUUUCAUAUCGAUAAAAGGCUUGCAUUAUGAUCCGGAAUACUUUCCCAAUCCCGAGAAAUUUGAUCCGGAACGAUUCAGCGAGGAGAAUAAACGCAACAUACAACCUUUCACAUACAUGCCAUUUGGAGAAGGUCCUCGUAUGUGUAUAGGGAUGCGUUUGGGAAUUCUACAAGUGAAACUGGGACUCCUCAAGGCAUUAUAUCGAUACAAGGUGACACCCUGUGAGAAGACUAUCAUACCGAUGGUACUUGAACCAAAAUCUCCUAUUACAACGCCAUUCGACAAUACAAUAUAUCUUACCAUACAAAAAAUUAACACAAAUAAUUAAGGUUCAAAUUUGGAGUUAAAAUUUAAUUUUAAUCAAAUUAAAGUUUUUCACUUCGUUAUCGUUUAUAAAAUCUUUUUAAGUAUAUUCACGUUUGUAUUUAUUUAUA